AUGUCGCAGAGAAAAUUGCUUUUGCUUGGAUAUCCCACAAAUACGAUUGACUGUGAAAACUCUGAACAGCUGCAAGAAUUAGUGCUAUUCGUGGAGCAUCAGCAUAUCAGACUAUAUAAAAUUGAGGAUAGAGCUGGAUUGCAAUCAUCAGAUAUUGAAGUAUGGAAUAAAUCUUACGCAAAGUAUUUGGCUGAUUUGCAAUGUCCACUUUCCUGUGAUAAUGAUUCAGCUCAAGAAAUAAUUGAUUGGCUUCUUGUUCGUGCGAUAGAUUUUUCUUAUCAACAAAUUGCUGAAGGGAAAAACUUUACCGCACAGAAAUUUGAACAACUGAAAGCUGAAAAAGAAAGGCAACAAAAAGCAAAUGAUCCUCUCAGUACUAUUGAUUUUUCUACAGAAGAAGCAAGAAAAGGUAUCGAAGAUCUCAGAGUUACUUUGGGAAUAACAGCACAUCCAGAUCCUCUAGUUGUUCUGAAAGCUUGUUGUAAGUUUAUUACGGCUAAUCUUUCUAAUGAAGCAAUCCAGACAGCGAACAAGGAGGCGCAAACGCAGAAGAAAACAGUGCCAUUGAGUCAUUUUGAUAUGGGCAUGAUAUCUAGCAAGAAUGGUACCAUUGAUGCUGCCAUACGAGCUUUAAGAUUAAUUCAUCUGGAGAAUUUACGUGAGGUUCAGACAAAGAUUAAUGAAGCUAUCGUUGCAGUGCAGGAAUUAACAGCUGAUCCAAAAACUGAUAAAAGGCUUGGUAAAGUUGGACUUUAA